AUGAAGACUAAGGCGAUUAAUCAUACGAAAAAUGAUCUUUGGUUGGAUGUGCAGUUCUACCAAGGCUUAUUGCCAGUAAAAGAUGCCAUUGCAGCGCGAUCCUAUGUUAUAUUAGCUGCAGAUGUUCAAGACCAUCAAUCACAUAGUGAGGCAAUUUCGUUAGCCAAUGACAUGGCUUCUUCAUUCUCCCCCCCACCCGGCAAUUCGCGGGAUGUUGGACUAACCGACUCCGACGAGAGUUACUCCGUAAAGGCUAGGGCGCUCUGUGAUGGAAUUUCUUUUAUCAUGUAUAAAAAAAAAGAUGUGUUGCCUCCAUCCUUCAUGCGCACCUUAUCCCAUAGCAAGAUAAGUUGUUGUUUUAGUUUGUGUGAUCAAAUGGGUUGUAGUUGUGAACGCCCACAUGUUAUACCAGACAGAUGGAGGUUACAGGUGGAUACUCUGGAACCUAUCCCCUUGACGGUGUGCAUGCGCGGGCGAAAUAUUCGACUUUCCCAUAGCAAUAUCAUUCCCACGGCGGGGUACUUUUUUGCGCUCGGCUUGCUGGAGGUGGAGGCCGUGCAGGCAGUGGUACCCACUCUUUGUCGCUUCAACUUGAAUUGCAAGCAUGGCUGCUAUUGCCUCUACAUUCACGCCAACAUAGACGUUACGUCUGCUGCAGUGCAUAAUGCCGACACUCCCUUAAGGAAGUGGGUAGAGUCUAAUUCACUUAAUUUCAUGUCCAAAGAGGAGCAGAACGACUUUUUUGAUUUCUUGUCGGAAAGAGGAGUCGAGAAUGUCGGCGACUUGCAGAUUCUUGGGGACUCGGCAUUCGAAUCUCUCCUCGCCAGCAUCCCGUCGCGCUGGGCCGAGGCCAUUUUAGUCACGAGCCAACUCCGCAACUUCGACACCAAGGCCUUCUUGAAGGACGUCCUAAUGACCUUCCCGCGCAUCAAACCACCCAUCCAACUGCCGGACGGGGUACAGAGGGUGGGGGACCUGCUUAAGAUGCCUCAGACCCUUUUUUACCACUUCCACUGGUUGCCCCACGUGCUAAACACAUGUGAGAUCAUCCGGGCCCGGUUUGACUUCGACGAAAAGUACAAAGUCACCCGUCUCUCCAAGGAGCCGGCGGACUCCUUUUUGGUGAGGGUCACCGACAUUAUCAACGGCUUCCGCGCGCUGCACGCACACUGCAGUUGGCGCAAACACAACCCCCACCGGACGGUCGUGACGUCCAUCCUGACGUACGUGGACGUGAGGGGUUGCCAAUGUGGGCUGCUCCCGCCGGGCAGCCCCUUGCGUGGGGGGGAUGAGGACGAUGAUAAUGCGUUCCCCGCCCUCCCGUCGAUCCCCCCGGGGGCGGCGAUCGGCCUCCCGGAGCGGUCGUGGUGCACAUGCGCGCGGCGCUGGGAGGUGGGGGUGAACUACGAGCUCAGCACCCCGAGUGGCUCCCGCUGUUCCGAGCAGAACGCAAUGGGGAAGCUAGCCUCACUGGGAGUGCCCACCUGGUCCGUCCGGGAGCUCUUCGUGCAUGGCUCGAGUGAGCAUGUGAACCCGCUUUUCCCGUGCGGUGUGUGUGAUAAUAUGCUGCAGCGGGUCGCCAAGGAUGUGCGCACGCGGUACGGUGGCGAGAUUAGGUUGUAUAUGUUCGAUGCUACAGUGCCGUCCAAGGUGGUAUCCCUGCCGAUGUCAGAAAUUUCUCACCGCGUUGGAUCGAGUUUCAGACGGUUUGUCGAGAGCGAUUUGCAGAACUGA